AUGAUAAUUCCGUUUUUGGUACUUUCUGCAUUGACCCUAACUGCCGACUCCGUAUUUUCACCUUGUCCGAAUAAAAAGCCGUUCAAAGCUCCUCUGUCCCCUCUCGGAAGACAAUCCUUUCGCAGGAUUCAGCAGCCUGAAAGUACUUCGACCGAAUAUCCUGUGAAAACCAGGUGGUCCAGGGUGGACUUUCCGAAUCUCAGGAGAAAAUUGAUAAGGCAGCCUAGAAAGGCACUUUCGGAGGAGCUUCGCCGUCAUUUCCUGGAGGAAAGGAUGCGAAAAGUCGACGAGAGCUUCGUCCACAAAAUAGAUCCUCACAGCAUCCCGGAGGAGACCGAAAUCCCCAUAUUCGAGCACCCUUACGACUUCUCCAAUAAAUAA